AUGCCAGCGGACCGCCUCUUCCAGCCCCUGAAGGUGGGCACCAUGGAUCUCAAACAACGUGUCGCCAUGGCUCCUUGUACACGCUUCCGCGCAAACAAUAAGCAUGAAAUCUUACCUAUGGCUGCACAGUACUAUGCUGAGCGUGGCUGCGUGCCUGGAACACUCCUUAUUACCGAAGCGACAUUAAUUUCGAAACAAGCUGGUACUUUCGACAACGUACCUGGCAUCUGGUCACAAGCUCAAAUCGACGCUUGGAAGGUCGUCACUAAUGCCGUUCAUGAGAAGGGCUCGUAUAUUUAUGUCCAAUUGUGGCAUCUCGGACGUACAGCAGACCCAAAGGCCUCGGAGAAAGAAGGCAUCACCAUCAAGUCUUCUAGCGCUGCACCUCUAGGUGAAGGUUUCGGAAUACCAAAGGAAAUGACUGUCGAAGAGAUCAAAGAGACGGUCGAGGAAUAUGCUCAAGCUGCAAGGAACGCUAUCGAGGCCGGUUUCGAUGGCGUAGAAAUUCACGCUGCACACGGAUUCCUCAUCGACCAGUUCCUGCAAGAUAAAUGCAAUCAACGUACAGACUCCUACGGCGGCUCCAUUGAGAACCGCUCCCGGUUCGCUGUAGAGGUUACACAGGCUGUCGUUGACGCCGUUGGCGCAGAGAAGACUGGUCUCCGGUUAAACCCCUACAGCGACCUACACGGCAUGAAGAUGGAUGAUCCGAUACCUCAGUUCACCGACAUCAUCAAGAAGUUGAAUGUUUUCAAUCUUGCCUAUCUUCAUCUUGUCGAACCACGUGUUGCCGAUGCCGACAACAUCGAACCCGCCGAAUCAAUUGAACCCUUAUUGCCGCACUUCAAUGGCACAUUGGUCAUUGCUGGGGGUUUCAAGCUCCACAAUACCAAGGAAUAUGUGGAGAAGCACAAGGAUACGGAUAUUAUUAUUGCGUUUGGACGUCAUUUCAUCUCGACACCUGAUCUGGUAUUCAGGUUACAGAAAGGAAUCGAAUUCAACCCUUAUGAUCGUGAAACCUUUUACUUCCCGGGGAGCGAGAAGGGCUUUAAUGACUAUCCGUUUAGUAAUGAGUGGAAGGCAGCGCAAGCACCUUGA